AUGGCGUCUUCACUCUCAAGAAAACUCGGUGGAGCAAUUUUCUCAAGGCCAAGGGCAAAGCCCUCAGCUUUACACUCUUUCUGUACCAAAAGUCUAUUUUCUGAAGAAUCCGAGUCCGACGGCGAGACUGCCCAUCCCUCUUCAAGUAAGCAGCGGCCUAAUGCCGAAAGACCCCUCGAGAACGGGUUGGAUACAGGCAUUUACAAGGCAAUAUUGGUGGGGCAAGUGGGGCAGACUCCUAUACAGAAGAAAUUGAAGAGUGGUCAUAUGGUGACUCUGCUUUCACUUGGUACUGGGGGCAUCCGAAACAACAGGAGGCCUUUGGAUAACGAGGAACCCAGGGAAUAUGCAAAUAGGUGCGCGGUUCAGUGGCAUAGGGUCUCAGUUUAUCCUGAGAGGCUGGGGGAACUUGCCGUGAAAAAUCUUAUUCCAGGUUCCAUCCUGUAUGUGGAGGGGAAUCUGGAGACAAAAAUCUUCAAUGAUCCCAUAACUGGUCUUGUUUGGCGAAUACGAGAGAUUGCAAUACGCCGGAAUGGUCGUCUAUUAUUUUUAGGAAACGGAAGUGAUGCUGAGCAAACAUCAAAAGAUUUUCGAGGGGUUGGUUACUAUUGA